CUCGAAACCACUGCACCACCACACCAAUCCAACCAGUCUAUCAUUCCUAAUAUCUCCCUAUCUUGCUCCUCGUACACAUAUAUUUACAUAGCGGAUACAUUCUACUAUUCUAAUCCACAAUGGCCAACGACCUCAAGGUCAUCGUGUCCGAGCUCCACAGCGCCCUCGGCCGGCAACAAUUCGAAGCCGUCAACGACCUCCUCAGUCGCGGCAAGCGCGCCCUCCUCCUGCAGAAUGUCCUGAUUCCCACGCCGUCAGCACCCGCCGAGCUGGUCGCCCAGGCCCGCGAGGUUCUCGAGCUCGGAGCCAUCGCCUCUAUCCGACAGACCGACGCACCCACCUUCACACGAUACUACCAGCAGCUGCAGCCGUUCUACGACCUGGAGCGGGACAGCACGAAUGCCGGCCACGUGGACAUCCGAAACAGCCAGCGCAGCAAGAUCACAGGCUUGUAUCUGCUGCUGCUGUUGAGCAUGGGCGACAGCACGAGCUUUCACACGGUUCUGGAGGGUCUGGUCGAGGAGGCGAGUCUGAAGGGCAAGAGCGUCGAGGAUGAUCCGUUCAUCAAGUAUCCGGUUGAGCUGGAGAGGAAUCUGAUGGAGGGAAGCUACGAUAAGGUGUGGCGGGAGACCAACUCCGAGCGCGUGCCCUCGGAGGACUUUGCGCUGUUCUCGAAUGUCCUGGUCGGAACCAUCCGCAGCGAAAUCGCAGACUGCUCCGAAAAGGCGUACCCGUCGCUCCCCAUCUCCAACGCCAAGAACCUCCUCUUCCUCGAUUCGGAGGGCGCCGUGAUCGAGUUCGCCCAGCAGCGCGGCUGGGUCCUCCGUGAUGGCCGCAUCUUUUUCCCCGUCGAGCCCGAGGCGGCUGCUCGGUCCGAGAAGGAUAUCCUCGUGGCCAGCGGCACGAUCAUCGAGAAUGCGAUCGGCUAUGCGCGCGAGCUGGAGACGAUCGUCUGAUUUAUCUAUAAUCAUUUUAUUCUCGGGUUUCGUUUCGGGACGGGGCGUGUUUCGUUGGUAUACCUGUUGUUGAUGUCCACUUCUGCAUAUGACCUCUCGAGCGUUUUACGAACAUAACAUAAACCUACUUCAUUUCCCUCUUCCCAGAUCUUAUGUAGACUAGGCAAGGAUACUCAUACAUUAACCCGCCACACACAAACCCUCCGAUCAUAGAAACUACUCGACACAACCACCAACUCCCCUCCUGCUCCCUGAU